AUGAUCAAAUUAAAGAGUUUAAAAAUUUUACUUGUGGUGCUUUUCACUCUGCUGAAAUUCUGCUGUUGUGAGGAUUAUGGAUUUCAGUUGUUGUUCACGUCUAAUACAGAGGAAUUGGAGGAUACCGAAAUCAAAUUUGAGAGAAAACUGCCGAAAUGGUUAAAGGGUACUUUGGUACGAAAUGGAUUUGGCAAAUUUGAAAUGGGGAUGAGACAGUUUGCUCACUCAUUUGACGCCUUCGCUAAACUAAGUAGUUGGAAGUUUGAUGGAAAUGGUUCGGCUUAUUUCAGCACCAGAUUUAUAGAAAGCAGUUUUUACAACGACUCCCUAGCAACAGACGACAUAGCGCCAUAUUUAUUAUUCGAAGGUGUCAUCCCAGAAUUCAGUGCGUAUGAUAAAAUGAAGGCGUUGAUGCGAGGAAUUGACAACAUGAACGUGAACGUUUAUAAAUUCUACAACGAGGAGAGGAAUUCGUCGGAAUACGUGGCCUUGAAUGAUUUUUGGAAAAUUUACGAAAUUUCGCCUUGGGAUUUGACAACACUAGGGGCGGUAACUCCACAUAUUGGAGAGAGAUCUUUAGGUGGAUCGUUUGGUUUUCUCGAUCUGCUGUCGUCUGCUCACCCACUUCCGGAACCCGGAACGAGGAAUCACAUCACGUUCUUGUCAAGUGUCAGCGUGAUUCCGUUCUUCAGUAACACUAUUAGUUUAAUCCGAAUCAAAUCCGCCGUAGAACGAGAAGUCAUUGCAAAAUGGGACGUUGGCCGUGUUCCGUACAUGCAUUCAUUUUCUGUAACAGAAAAUUACGCAAUCCUAUUUGCUAAUCCGUUCUACGUCAACGUCUUGAGAAUGUUGCGGAAAGCAGAACCGUUUGAGUGUUUAGAUUGGUACGCAGAUGAACCGACUACGGUCUACGUCGUGAAUUUAAACUCCGGAGAACUGAUCACAAUGUCUACCAUCAACGUCUUCACCAUGCACCACGUAAAUGCAUAUGAACGCAAGGAUAAGAUUAUCAUAGACGUAUCUGCAUAUCCGAGUCCGGAAUUUGUGAAAAGUCUACAGAUGGAAAUUUUACGUGAUCCUACUCAGAGGAAUGCGUUCGAUGCUCAUGCUCAACUCAAAAGAUUUCGAAUAAAUCUCACUAAGAACAAAAUCAACUACGUUAAACGCGACCCAAAAACAAAAAUACCGUACUCUAUGAAUUUAGACAUGCCGACAAUAAACGAGCUGUACCGAGCGAGUCGUUAUUGUUUUGUGUAUGGAAUAGUUCUGAAGACUGAUAACAUCAACUUGAGUCAUAUAUCAAUCGUAAAACGCGACAUGUGUCGUCGUGGAAGAGAUCGCUCGCUCUAUAUUAAAUACCAUUAUCCAUCGGAGGCUUGGUUUGUACCUAAUCCUCGUCGCAAGUCAGAAGACGAUGGUGUGUUACUGGUACCUAUAUUGGAUGGAGUUCGACAGAAGUCCUAUUUAGCUGUUAUCAGUGCUAAAACUAUGAAAAUCAUAAACCGAUCGUAUUUACCAGUGGUUAUUCCAUUUUCACUGCAUGGAAGAUUUUUUGAUGAAAUUGUGUAA